AUGGAGUCCCCCGCCGUUCCGGUCCCGCUCGACCCGCGGGAGCAGCCCAUUCUCGAAUGCCUUCUCCGAACCCGUGAUUCCCUUCUUCUCUUGAAGCAAGACAAGUCAUCAUAUAUCAAAUCUCGCGAUGUGUUACCGCUUUACGAGGAGGUCAUCGGACAGGUGGAAAAUCUCAAUGCUGCCCGCAAGGAGAAAGAGCGCUCCGCGCGCUCGGUUCACAAUCGCUUGGACUACGUCCUUGAUGACUGCUUUCAGUUGAUCUCACUUCUUUUUUUGACUGUGGGUAGAAACAAUGAAGCUCCAGCAGUUUACUCUCUAGCAACUACGAUUCAGCGCCUGCUCGAUCACCUUGAAGAGGCCGGAUUCUACAGCUCCAAAGAUUUGAACUCCAUUACCAAGACUCUUGAAUCCCUCCGUGAAACUCUCGAUCGCGGCCGCAAUAACUAUUCCCCCGCUCUUUUGACGCUUCUUGAAAGUCGCCUGGCAGAAUGCCAGAUCUCUCUAGACAAGCUACAGAAGGGACUUGCGUUGCUUCCCCUGGAUUGGCGCAAACACAUGAGACAUUGGUCUCUAUCUUGCGAUCUACAUCUGCAGUUAAUACUCGCUCCAAAGUGCUUUUCGAAGACGGAAGUGAACAACCUUCGGGAACAGUUGAAGAAGAUUGAAGACACCCAGAAAGACGGCAAUUUCGUGGACGCCGAUGGUGUUCCCUAUGCUGGCCAAGAUGACCUCAAGUCCUUGAUGCAUCGGUGCUGGCGAUGGACCGAAAUUGUUCUGGAGCGUGAGGGCAAAAUCAAUGAACGUUUCCAGGAGCAAUACGAUCGCCUCCUUGAAAUCCGCAAUCAAUUGGACCGACUUUCUGUGACACAAGCCUGGUCCCUACGGGAGACGGAUCUAUUUGGUUAUCAGCGCAAACUCGAUAGAAUCGACGAGGCACGAGUCAAUGGUAAUUUUGUCGAUGCUGAGGGCCAACCAGCUGACCUUCACGCCCAACGAACAUUGUUGUAUCUUAUUCGACGCAGUUACGCCUACAUUUACGCCCUCCUUAUUUCAUCGGAGCCCGUUUCGGAGGCCUUGCUGCCCGUAUACAACCAAUUGCAGACCCUCCGCCGGUGUCUCAUUGAAGUUAAGGAGUCUGGUGGUGUAUCCAAUUCCCGUGAAUUAUAUCCCUACAGUAUGAAGCUCAACUCGAUCGAUAACAUGCGCAUUGACGGCAAAUUCUAUGUCGGUCCCGAUAUCCCAGAGGGCCAAGGAAGCGUCAACGCCCUGCUGGCAGAGUGCUACGACCUCGUGUGGGAAUUGCGAGCUGCGGUGGUAGACGAAGAACAGCAGUCUUAA